AUGAAACCGCGACACCACCACCACCAUCACCACAGCAGUAGUAGGCACACGGUCCACAGCCACACGAUGGCCACAGGAGCAGAUUGCUCCCGGACUAGGGCGACGACGACGACGGCGACAACAAAGCUAACCACCAGCCGGAGGUGGCGAAGAACGGCAACGACGGCGGCGACAGUGGGUCACUCGACGAGGAGCAGCCGGAGUAGUAGCGGCAGCAGCAGCAGCAGCAGCAGUCACCACCACCCGCAGCGAAGUGACCAUCUGACGACGAAACGACGGCGGUACCGGAACCUGAGCGCGCGGCUCAAGUGCUGCCGGCCACCGGGUGGCGGCGGCGGUGGAGUCACGUCCGCGCUGACCGUGGCGCUGCUCGUGGCCGUGCAGCUGGUGGCGCUGCACCCGACCGUGCUGCACUGUGCCAAAACGUUCUACAUGCACUGGAACACGACGAACAGCAUCUUCCGGAUCGACAACACGGACCACAUCAUCGACGUGAACAAGGGCAACUCGCAGUUCGAGUACGACCAGGUCCACAUCAUCUGCCCGGUCUACGAGCCGGGCACGUUCGACAACGAGACGGAGAAGUACAUCAUCUACAACGUGUCGAAGGUGGAGUACGAGACGUGCCGCAUCACCAACCACGACCCGCGCAUCAUCGCGAUCUGCGACAAGCCGAACAAGCUGAUGUUCUUCACGAUCACGUUCCGCCCGUUCACGCCGCAGCCGGGCGGGCUCGAGUUCCUGCCCGGCAACGACUACUACUUCAUCUCGACCUCCUCGAAGGACGACCUGCACCGGCGGAUAGGCGGCCGCUGCACCACCGACAACAUGAAGGUCGUCUUCAAGGUGUGCUGCGGCGACGAGCACCAGGCGCACCACGGUCACCUGCCGUCGUCGAACGGAACCGGCACCGGCACCGGCCCCGGCGAGGGUGGCCCAUCCGGCGGCGGCGGCCCCGUCAACAACACCAUCUCGAUCGAUGCGUUCGAUCCGAACUCGCGGCUCCUGCCGCCGGCCAUCAACGCGAGCCAGGGCAACAUCGUCCAGAACACGGUCAACUGGCCGGUGUGGGGCGGCGAGGGUGGCAGUGCCGGUGGCUCCCACCCGGUCCUGCCGCACCAUCCGCCCGUGCAGCGGCCGGGCGCGGGGACGGCACCGAACGGGCGCCACAAUCACCACUACACCGCGUCACCUCCGCGCACCUCCAUCAACAGUGGGAUCGGGAGUGGCAACGGUGGCGGCGGCGGGUACGGUAAUAGUAACAUUAAUAAUCAUAACAACAGUCCACCGUCCAGUGCACACCCGGCGGCCGCCAACAAGCCGACGAAGAAGACGAAGGAGUACGACAAGCACCCGAACGAAGUGGUCAAGAACGAGGAACUGACGUACAACAAUGGUGCGGGCCACGGUGUCCACGGUGGCCGGAGGCCGGCCGUGGCCCUGCUCGGGGCGGCGGUCGCCAUGCUGCUUCACCGGUGGUCGGGGGUGGUCGCCGGCAGCUGA